UACUUCCAGACCAGAAACUUUGACACCGGCCACCACCAUCUUCAUCCUGGUCUUCAUCGAUCUCUCUCUCUUUCACUCCAGUACUCUUCUUCUUCUGUUGAUUCUCGCAGCUUCUGUGAUCUCUUCUUCUUCAAUGGCAGAUAAUUACACAGUCAACCUUCCUCCUGGGUUCAGAUUCUAUCCCACAGAUGAAGAACUCAUAGUCCAUUUCCUUCAAAGAAAAGCUUCACUUCUACCUUGCCACCCCGAUGUCAUCCCUGACCUCGAGCUCUAUCCCUACGAUCCAUGGGACCUCGAAGGGAAGGCUCUGGGGGAGGGAAACCAAUGGUAUUUUUAUAGCAGGAGGACUCAGAAUAGGGUUACAGUGAAUGGGUAUUGGAAGGAAAUGGGAAUGGAAGACGCAGUGAUUGCAGCGAGCAGUAAUAAAAGAGUUGGGAUGAAGAAAUAUUUUGUGUUUUAUGAAGGACAAUCUCCUAAUUCUGGCAUCAAAACCAACUGGGUCAUGCAAGAAUAUCGUCUUUCAGAUUCUUCUUCUUCCUCUUCUUCUUCCUCUAGCAAAUCAUCAUCAUCCUCCAGAAGAAAAUCACAACCAAAACCAGGUUACAGGAAGUGGGUGAUUUGUCGAGUUUAUGAACGCAAUGAUGGUGAUGGUGAUGGUGAUGGUGAUGGUGGUAAUGGAAUAGAGCUGUCAAGUUUAGAUGAAGUGUUCUUGUCCAUGGAUGAUCUUGAAGAAAUAAGCUUACCAAUUAGUUAGCGCACAUGCAAUAACUGAAUUUAUGGGUCCAGAUUCUAUAGCUCUUUGAAAAAUUCCAAUAUUACAAUUUGGGGAGAGAGAUAUUAAACCUCAUGCUAUGUAUGACUCUCUUUUAAAAAUUCAGACUUGAUGAGUAGCCUAAAUUUACUCGCUCAA